UAUCUAGUUAUGGGGCUUCAAUCUGGUCAUGGUCAUACUGACAGUCAACUGUUGCCCUGACUGUUGCCCAGCAUACAACUUAGCAAGCUGCUUGGGGCAUGGCAACGAACAAUCCAUCCAAUCCACACAGUUCUAGCCAUGGAAACACGGCCACGGAGGGAGCAGAGGCGGCGCCAGGCUCGCUCUAGUGCCGACACGCUGCGUGCACACCACUGCGGUUAACUUCCGCACCGCCGAGCCAGCAGCCAUGUUUCCCAAGCCGGGCGAACGCGUGCAUGACCGACAGCGUGGCCGCAUCCAUGCCCUGCGGCAGCUGGAUGAGGCCGCGGCUAGGGAGGCAGCGGAGAAACGCCUGCGGCUCCAGCGGCGGGUCGUGCGUAGGGCUUUCGAGCACCAGGUCAUGGUUGAGACCAUAGAGCUGGAGAAGGAGCUCGAGGCGCGGCGCUGCAAGCUGUGCGACCUGCUGCGCGCGGAAGCGUGGGGGUUGGGCCAUCCCAACUGGACUGAGCGGCGCUGCGGGCAGUGCUGGGUGGAGCUAGCCGACUACAUAUCGCGCGAACGGCACGGAGCACCAGCAGCAGCCCCCGCCGCAUAUCCAACUGCCGGCAUUGGCCGCCCGCGGCCCGCCGGCAGGCCGCAGCUGCAGCACCAGCUCCCGGCGCAGCCGCGGCCGCAGCCGCACACCGCACGUGCACACACGCCAGCGGGAGGUGCUCCUGGGAGGGGUGCAGCUGGUCCGGGCGUCGCGGCCGCGGGGCCGGGGGCGUUAGCGGCUGUGACGGCAGAUCUUUUCCGGGACGUGCCGGUGGAGGUGGAUGAGGUGAUGCAGGCGCUGCGGGCCAAGGACUCAGACAAGCUGAUGCAGCUGCUGGACGAAAGGGCGCUCCAGCGGCACUUGGGGCCACACCAGCAGCUGGAGCAGCACACGCGCCAGCAGGGUCGGGUGCGGGUACCGAACCCCAGGGCUGCUGCGCCGCACCCGGACGCACCACGCGGCCGAGGUGGCGUGUUCUACCAUGACGACGUGCUGCAUGGCCUGUUGGAGGAGGCAGAGCGCGAUGCUGCUGACACCAGUGAGGGAGAGGGCUCUGCCCGCAGUGUGGCCAGCUCAGCGGUGGCUGACGCCGGCGGGCGCUGGGACAGCGGGGGCGGCUGCCAUGCGGAUGGGAGUCCUGGGGACGGGUUUGCUGCCGAGAGCGGCAGCGAGGAGGAUGCGAAGGAGGAGACAGAAGCUGCGGCGCACCAUGGGCGGAGAGCUGAUGAGAGCGGGGAGGAUGCGGAGGAGGCGUACAGUGGUUCGGAGAUAUCGCUAGCCCAUCAGAACGCUGCUGCAGCUGCAAGAGCAGAAGGACAGGUAGCGGACGGCCCUGAGGGUGAGGGCGUGGGGCCUGGGGCCGCCGGGGCCAGCCCGAAGAAGACCGUGCGGCUGGCAGUUGCGGGCCACAGGCCGGCGCCGCGGCCGCUGCCCAGCAAGCCCAAGUCCAUGCCGACCGGGCGGGCGGAGAUGCUGGAGGCGCUGAAGCAGGCGGAGCAGAUGGUGGUGUUUGGCCUCACGCAGCACGACCGCAGCACGGCGCUGUUCUACUCGCACCAGCUGCGGGCCGCACUGGCGGAUCUGGCCCGGCUGGAGCGGCGGGGGCGCAAGUCGGAGGCGGUGCAUCGGCACGGCAUGCGGUUGGACACGAGGGACGCCGACGGCAUCAAGCGCAUCAUCCGCGAGGACCGGCCGGAGCGGGCCCCCAGCCCCACCACGCUGCGGCGCUGGACGGACCCCGACAGCUUUUACACCGACCCGCCCAAGCGCACGCCCCGCUGGCUGGAGCACGUGCACCCCGACAAGACCAACCCCAGCAAGCAGGCGGACGCGGCGCCCUGGCGCCCGGCUUCGACCAAGCCGCCGACGCCGCGCCACACUUCAGGCCUGCAGUCCGUGGGCGACUGGUCCGAGUACAAGUAUGAAUGGGACCUGGCGCAGAUCCGAUCCAUGCGGGUGGACGACUACCUGUCCGGCGUGCGCAAGCAGCGCGAAUACCGCAGCGCGCUGGCGGGUCUGCAGGCGCGGGUGCUGGCGCAGCUGCCACCGGACGCGCGGGAGUUCCCCACCCGCUACAGCCAGCAGGCGGCAGGGGGGCUGCAGGAGAGCAUGGUGAGCCAGCAGCAGGCGCAGGACAGCUUAUGAGCGGCGCACUGUGGGCGCGUGACUGAUUGCUGUGGUGUGUGCUGCAGUGCGCAUUAGGAGGUCAACCAGGCGAGGAGUGUGCGUGGGUAGAGUCGGCUCCGGUAAUGCAGGAUGCUCAGACUAUAACAUGGUGUGGAAUUGCGGUGUUGCAGAGGUGCGUGGGGCCAGGUGGGGGCGAGCGUAAUGAUUCGUAAUUUGCAGAAGGACCAGUUUAGUGUCUCCUGGAGCAGUUGGCAUACUGAUGAUGUCAAACAGUAAGCCCUGUUGGUAAAAAUAAUGUGAAACAUGCACGCAGCGAAAGACUACCGACGGUGCCAGUCAUUGGCAUCGCCUGAGUACGUACACGUGGCCGUACUGUGGCUUCCAUAAACAUGCGCAAGACAUCAGCUUGGGUCACCGCAUACGGUGGAUGGAACACGACUCCUGACAGAGGCGGCUCUGAUAUGCUUUGUCUGUGCACGCCUAGUUCAGUGGUGGUGAGGUGCUUGAUUGCUACCUCCAACCAUUCCUUCAUCCGUACAAGCCCUAACUGCUGUGAGGCCUAACCGCUGGCACCGUGUAACACUCUGCCCAG